GCACACAGAAAACUUAAGCACUUAACGCUGCGCUUCAUGCGCAUUAUGUGUGAAACGGAACGCACCCAGAGUCGCAGUUCUGUGUUAAAAAAAAUAAGAAUCGGAAGUACAAAAACGAAAACAAAUUCUGAUGUUAUAUGCACGCAAAAAGAAGCGUUAUAUCCGCAAUUGUGGAAUAUUUAUUCGCUAUACGUGCAAUAUAUUUGUUUCAACUCAUCAUAUUCAAAAUGGCACAGUUUGAGCCAGAAGAAAUGAGCACAAAAGAAAAACUUUCAAAGUUACAUUGUCCAUUUACUUGGGAUAUACUGGAUAGUGUGAUAAGGUACAAUAUGACACACCUUAACAGUAAAGAUAAUGAAAUAGAUGAUGAAGAAGCUUGCACAUUGGAAAUGUUGAUGAGAACUUUGCUUAAAUGUUAUAAAGGUACAUUAAGCAAAGAUGACAAUACAGCACAAGAUAUUCAAAAAGCUGAAGAUUUUUUGCUGCAGCUUCAACGAGAGACAAACUUAUCUCAAACAAUAAGGGCUAUAGAGCAUGUUUUCUAUGCUACGAAAUGUUUCUUUCUGUAUGAGACAGAGAAUUUGGAUGAAUUAAAAGAAAUAUUAGACAAUAUUAUCAACACUGAUAGUUUCAGUGCUGAAGAGAUUGGUAUUUUGCAUGGUUGUCAAAGUGUCGUGUGGUCUUGUUUACAUGAUUAUGGAAUGCAUAUGGCAGUAGAUAAUGCUAAGAAAGCAAUAGAAAUGAAUCAAGACUGUGCAUUAUGGCACUUUAUUCUUGCAAAGAAUCUCAGACGCCAAAGACGUAUCUUAAAUCUUUCAUCUGAGGUGACAAGUUUAGAAGAAAAGCAUUUUGAACUAGCAUAUGCUAUAUCCUCUGAUAAUCUUGUGUUUGGGAUAUAUUACUUACAAAUGUGUAUGGAAAAAUUUCACAAGUAUGAAAGAAAUGAAAAUUAUUAUAUGAGGAAAGUUGCUAAUGAAAAAAAAGUAUUAAAGUUGGCCAAAAGUAUGUUAAGUCUGAAACCUUCCAGUUAUAAAGUACUGUUAAAAUUAGCUCUUAUGUUUUUACGAAUAACCAAUACAGAUGAGUUAUUGUCAGCAAAAGAAUGUUUGGAUGCUGUAGAGGAAAUGGCACCGAACAAUUCGACUUUUCUCCAUUAUACUGGGAUGUUAUAUGAAGGAUGUGGAGAGUUUAGGGAUGCGCUAAAGUAUUAUAAAAAGGCUGCGGAUCAUAAUAACUUUGUAGCAGAGCUUGCAUACAUAAGAUAUGGUUGGGAGACGGGAGAAUUGCAACCUUUGCCACAUUUACUACGAAUGUUGAAGAAAUACGAACGGUCCGUCAAAGAACGGCAAAUAUCCAUGUUUCUAGCUAUCGCUGUAGCUUAUUACUCUCUGUAUGACGACAAAGUAAAUGCUGCGGAGUAUUUUCUGAAAGCACUUACAGUAGAUCCCCAGAGCACAAAGUUCAAGGUGUUUUACAGAUUCUUUGACUUUACUGCUCCGAGCAUAUACAGUUUUUUAAAUAAAUUCCUUUACGAAAUUGAUUCACCUCGAAUUAGGAAUCCCAAAAUUAAAGAAACAGGUAUGAAAAUAAGGACACUUUUGAAUACCAGAAAUAUGAAUAAUUUAACGCAACAAUUCGCAAGCAUGUCCACAAAUUCUUUAGAAGAUCAUGGAAAUUUAAAUAAUUAAUUAUGCAUACAGAAAUUAUCAUUACCUCUUACGUUAAUUUGAUACUUUAGCAUUAACUAAUGUCGAUUGCGAAAAAUGUACUAAAUAUUGAAACUAAUUUUAUAUAUAUAUAUAUACAGGGUGUUUAAAAAGUCCCGGACCGGUGAAAUAUCUCGAAAACUAAGCAUUUUAGAAAAAAAUGUUUCAGAUAAAAGUUGUGGCGUUUAAAAAGAUGUAUUUACUG